CAACGAAAGUGAACACUGUAACACAAAAAAAGUCAACAAAAAUUUCAUAUUUGGGAAGCUAUGAUGAAUUCAGACUCUUCGGUGGCCAAGAGACUGGAAGGUAAGGUAGCGUUGAUUACCGGUGGCGCUAGUGGCAUCGGAGAGAGCACAACCAGGUUGUUCAUAAAACAUGGAGCCAAGGUUUUAGUUGCUGAUAUCCAAGACGAAUUAGGCCAAUCCCUAUGCAAACACCUCGGAACCCCGGAAACCAUCAGCUACAUCCACUGUGAUGUAACAUCCGAAUCAGAUGUUCGAAAUGCCGUGGACCUCGCGAUCUCAAAGUACGGAAAGCUCGACAUCAUGUUCAAGAGGGUAUUCGAUGUGAACGUGUUGGGCGGAUUCUUGGGGGCUAAGCAUGCCGCUAGGGUCAUGGUACCCGCCAAGAAAGGGUGCAUUCUCUUCACCGCCAGUAUAGUUUCGAAGGUGUACAUGGGACUUUCACAUGCAUACACCACAUCAAAGCAUGCUGUUGUGGGGUUGACCCAAAGCUUAGCCGUGGAGUUAGGUGAGCAUGGGAUUAGAGUUAAUUGCAUUUCUCCUUAUGCAAUUGUUACUCCGUCGUUUCAAAAGGCCUCGGGGAUUUCGAACUUGGAAAAGGUAGAGGAGAUGUUAUCUGCGGCCGGAGUACUGAGAGGAGCCGUAUUGGAACCGAGUGAUGUUGCACAGGCCGCACUGUUUCUCGCAAGUGACGACGCCAAGUAUCUGAACGGAGUCGAUCUACCGGUCGACGGAGGCUAUAGUCUCAACAAUCAAACAUGGAAAUCUGGACUCAAAGACCUUUUACCUGAAUAAUCGUUUUGUUAACACGAAUAUUCUACGCUCUUGCUAAUGAAUUGUGGUUAAGGAUUUACAAUUUUGUGUGGCCAACUUGGUGGAUGCAUGUAUCCAUGUAAGCUAUGUUUACUCUGCUUUCUCCCGCAUUUUGUGAUGGAUGCAAAAGCUCUAAUAACUUGCUUCAAUACAUGCAAUACAAAAUCAUGUUAUAAUGUGAUUUAACUCUCUUUGUAUUA